AUGAACAACUUGGUUCUGUCUCUUGUGCCGAAAUUCAUCAAGUUGCAAACCUUGAUAUUGCGCCAAGAGAAUCCACAGCUGAAGGACGACGCUGUCGAGACGAUUUCGAAGUUCUGUCACGAUCUGCAGGACCUGGAUCUCAGCAAAAGUUUCAAGCUUAGUGAUUGCUCGUUGUAUGCAUUGGCCCAUGGUUGUCCUAACCUUCAAAGGCUUAACAUCAGUGGCUGCACGUCAUUCAGCGACGAAGUUCUUGCGUAUCUGACUAACUUUUGUCGAAAACUAAAAGUAUUAAACCUCUGCGGAUGUGUUAAAGCUGCAACCGACCAUGCAUUGCAGGCUAUUGGACGAAACUGCAAUAUGUUGCAAUCUUCAAACCUGGGUUGGUGUGACAAUGUUGGUGAUCACGGAGUCAUGAGUUUAGCGAAUGGAUGCCCCGAUCUUAGAUGCCUGGACUUGUGCGGUUACAUUCGCAUAACAGAUGAUAGCGUGAUUGCUUUAGCAAAUGAGUGUGUCCAUCUGAGGUCCCUCGGACUGUACUAUUGCCGUAACAUCACGGACAGGGCGAUAUACUCGCUGGCUCAAAGCCGAAUGAAGAACAAGUGUUUGACGUGGGAGUCGAUGAAAGGUAGAUACGACGAUGAAGAUGGCCUGAAAAGUCCGAAUAUAAGCCAGUGUACGGCCUUGACUACUUCGGCUGUCCAGGCAUUAUGCGAUACGUUCCCUGCACUUCAUACCUGCUCAGGAAGGCAUUCCCUUGUCAUGAGCGGCUGCCUGAACUUAACGUCCGUGCAUUGUGCUUGUGCCGUUCAAGCUCAUCGGACGUUCAACAAAAGAGCCUCAACAUCGGCAUCCCGAUGUGGCAGAGAAAGGGAGGAGGAGGAGGAGGCAGCCACCUCCACAAAAGGGUCCAUCAGUGGCAGCCUGAACGCCACCUCUAAGCCUCCUGUUCGGAGGAAAACACGGCAAUGCAAACAUAAAGGGAUGCUUCAGGUUUUUCAGCAAGUGGCGAGACAUAAGCAACAACAUGAUCUUAUUCAAUGUUGGAAAUUCAGGAUUAAUGUACAUGACAUUGUCGACGACACCGCAUGA